CCCUCUGAUUCCAAAUCUUUUUUUAACUGUCUUUCUAAUUUCUCUCUCUGACGACAAAUUCUCCGACCUCCGGCAACUAGUCACCGGGAAAUUUAGUACGCCGCCGUUUCAUUCUGAAUUUCUGAAGCCGCUUAGUGAUAGGAAGAUUGCAUUGAUUUUACUGUCAAUAAGGGUUCCGCCACUUCCCAAAAUUUUAAGAACGGAAGAGGACAUGGAGAGUGAAGCAGAGAAGAAUUGGAGUGAACAAGUGGAAGAUUUAGUAGAUUCCGGAGACAUAGAGGCUGCAAUAUCCCUCCUUGAAUCCCUAAUUUUAAAGCUCGAGACCCUAAAUUCAUCAGAUUCACAGCUUCAAUUAGCCUCUGCACUCCUUGAAGUGGCCAAGCUUUACUCCUGCAAAGGCCUCUCUCUCAAAUCUGAUGACGCUCGAUCUCGUGCUUCAGCCAUCAACCUCCGCUCCCUCUCACCUUCUUCUAUUUCCUUUAUUGAAACUUCCGCAACAGAAGAAAAAUCUGGGGUUUCUAAUAGCAAUGAUUUGCCUUGGAUUAAUUUAACCAGAGAUGGGGAUUAUGACUUAUGUUCAAAAUCUUCAACUGACAAUGUAGCUCCUCAGGAGUCUUCAGAUGACGACUGGGAAGCUAUAGCAGAUCGUGCACCAGAUGAGUUGCUCCCUGCACAAUGCUUGCCAGAGGUUUCAAAGCUUACAUUGUAUGACACAGAGGUGGAGAAGAAGGUCCCAAACAGACGUGGGAGGGGAACCUUCACAUAUAAGAAACAAGGAAUGUACAGUGAUGAGCAAAUCAACGACUCUAUUUCCUGUGACACAUCAGAUGAGAAUGUUCAUGAAAAGUCUGAAAAGAUUUUGGAAGGGAAAAAAUCUUUAUAUGGAACACAUCAUGUCCUUGUCUUGGAUGGAUUCCACCCGAGUACGACAACAAUAGAUUUGGAGAGACUUUUCGAAGGUUUUAGAGACCGUGGAUUUGCAAUUCGUUGGGUUAAAGAUACACUUGCUCUGGGUGUAUUUCGAACUCCAUCAACUGCUCUUGAAGCCUUAAAUAGUGUUCGUUGUUCUUUCAAAGUCCGGGUACUUGAGGAAGAUGACCCCAUGAUGGGCUCCAUUUCAAUCAAAGACUUGGACCCACCUCGGCAAAGACCUAAGACGUCUGCUAGAACUGCUCAGAGGCUGAUUGCUCAAGAAUUGGGGGUAAAGUUGCCAUCAACCUUUGGGUCUACAGAGCUGAGGAAGCAAGAAGAUGCUAGAAGGAACCGUAUUGUUACAAGGCAAAAUUUGAGGGAUGAAGUUUGGGGGCCUGAUGAUACAAAUUAAGGUAAUUGCACGUAUAUUUGUCUCAUGUAUUUCUGUAGAUGACUUAAUGUUGUAUGAUUUAUCAUUUAUGAGGUUGGCUUGUAUAAUGUUACUCGUACUACAUUGUGUUUGAUGAGUUAGGGCAGUUUUUUCAAGAAAGAUAAGGCAGUUUUGUUAACAAAGUGGAGAAUGUAUAUGUUUCAUACACAAAUAUUCUUUGUACGAUGGUAAAUUAAAGAGUGUCAACAAGAAAUACCGCUAUAAAAUCUGCAUUUUUUUUUUUUUUUUAAUGUUGCAUGCUUGCAGCUGAGAAAGGAUUUUCCCAUCUUUGAGAACGGAGUUUUAUGUCUGCUUUUAGACGCUAUACUUUCCAAUGUGUUUCUUAUUUAGUCAGGCAAUAUAACACCAUAUUAUACGGCAUAAUAUGCUAAAAAUACACCAGAGUCCAGAGGUUAGACAAACUAUCCAUAGUUCCAUACUAGCUUAUCUAUCACGCCUCGACCCUCUCAAGUCGUAGCGAAUUGUGAGUGUCCAACUAUAGUGCUCUUAUGAGCAAACCCAACAGCAGGUUCUUUCAGGUGAUCAAAAAGUUUGUUUAACAUUACAGGGAUAAGGUAACUUUAGUGUUGAGUCAUUUCAUAGGUUUGGAAUUUCUCUGUUUGGUGGGAACCAUUUUCCAUGGUCGUCAAACAAUACAAGUACUCCA